CGUUAAGAAAACAUUUAAGCUAUAAAAUGAUUUGAGUUGGAUAUCGGGAUAAAUUGAUAACGGGAUAUUAAUUAAAAUGCCCAAACGUGUUAUAUUCAGCGUGUAUACCCGGCUCCUUACACCUGUAAACCCUUUAUCCAUGAUCACAUAAAGCGUUUUCAGUAUGUGUAUUGGUUAGCCUCCUGAAUGGUAUCGAUCCACAUACUGCCCGGUACGUGCCUGAACCCAUAGACGGGCCCUGAAUACAUAGAAAGCUAACGAGGUUAUUUAUACAGGGAAGUGAUUACCUGAGUCAGAUAGACACCAUUGUGCUGUAGACUCUUACGACUUCUGUGGACGGAUCCGAGUGUUUAUUGAGACACUUUACGUAUAUACUAAUACAUACGCCACUCGCUGCGCCAUGACAACUAUUUAAACAAGUAUGGCGGCCUCCUGAUCGUUCUGUAAUGGAGUCCAGUAUAGAAGAUUGUAGACACGACUGUAUAUGGUGGAGGGAUUAUUUACCGCCAACCACUUACACUCCACAGAUAUGAUAUAAAGUGAACAGUUAUACACAUGCUAAGCACGAUAGAUUAGGAAACAAUGGCAUCAAAACAGAAGUAUUCUGUGACCCGGCUCCAAAAACUGCCUCCCAUACGUGAGGAAUCAUUCGCUGGCGCAUCUCCCCGGACUCCCCGAGUUCCCUAUUCAACCGCCUCAGUACCGGUCAAGGCAGGCUCUUCUAUCCCGCCUUCUAAUGAACCGAGGGCUAAUCUGGCAGCUCUAAACACAACCUCACUAAGUAAGCCAAGAAUACACGUCAGGCCGCUCCCGGGCGCCGAUUCUGACGAUGAAGUUGAUAGACCACAGUUGAUACAGAAGCCACGUCUGACCGUGGAGAUGCCGAUGACCCCGAACGAUAGCCACACUCUGGUUGAUGGACUAGUGGCAGACUACCUCCAUUACGCGGCCUAUGGCCACAUUAUCCCUGUGUACGAGGGCAUCGGUCAGUUACAGUGUUCUUGUUGUAAUGAAAGGAACAGAGAGAACGUCCGAAACCUUCUUGGCCUACCGUCCUCGGACAAAAAGGUGAUAAAGCACAAGAGGGCACAGUUAGGUCGGCUUCAGCCUAAGUUUGUACCACCGACCAAACCUAAGGAGAAUCACGAGGCUGACGAGAAGGCAUGGAACGCGCCAAAGAAGAAACACAACGAGAAGAUCGAUUGGAAGAACGAAAGCUGGAUGAAACACCAACCGCUACCAGCGGCAACAAACUUUUUGAAUCCCGAGUUCAAUCGUCCUAUAUAUGCCUACCAAAAACCGCCCGAAAUUGAGAUACCUUCAUUAGUGUUUGACUCUGUGCUUCAUGCAAACACGAAGUACGACCAGUCUAUGAAAAGAUUGGAAAAAAUGUUUCGUAUUGACCCGGAAAUUCCCCCUAAUCCGGACGAGGACUACCUAUAUAACGGUGCUCCAGAGUGGAGCGGCAUUUAGACUCUUCAUUGCUCAAUUAAUUAAUACUGUUAUAUUGCUAUUUCUGAAUGUGAGUUGAUUUCAUAAACAUUUAUGUCAUAAACAUGUUUACAUUGUUACUUACUUUGUUAAGCAUAAUGCUAUUAUUUUAACAUUUACUUUGCCCUACGUAAUAUUUUGGUUAUUCAUUGUUAUUUCUUCAAUUGCUUGAAACCAAAAUUUGAUACACCUCGGUAAUUGACACAGACUAUUCAGUGAUUUAGUUGUACCUUUAUUACCUUUGACUCUAAACUCCAGACGUUAAAUACCCAAUCUGAACAGAUCCAGAAAGCUGUGUUAAAAUGGAACUUCUAAUACAUUGCAUUGUUAGUUUGAGGAACUGCUAAUUCAAUUAUUCAACAUUUUCUUUAAAAAAAAACAAAAAAAACCCAGCGGAUAGACAGACAGACAGACAUUCUUUAUUU